AUGGACAAAUUUAUGGAACAAGCUCUAGAGCAAGCUCGCAAGGCGGAACAGCUAAAAGAGGUCCCAGUGGGCUGUGUGUUUGUCUAUCGAGAGAAUGAAAUUAUUGCUCGUGGUUGCAAUUUGGUUAACAAAACCAAAAAUGCCACACGACAUGUCGAGUUAAUUUGUAUUGAUCAGGUGCUGGAGUGGGCUGAAGAACGGAAACUUUCUUACCAGACUGUUUUCCCGGAGGUAACAGUGGUGGUAACAGUUGAACCUUGCAUCAUGUGUGCAGCAGCUUUGAUUCAGCUGGGGGUUAGACAAGUUAUCUAUGGCUGUCGGAAUGAUCGUUUCGGUGGUUGUACCGUUCUAGAUGUCCCUGGACUGUUGGACGAGCAUACAAGUAUUCCGUUCCACGGAGGCGUACGAGCAGACGAAGCGAUGGCACUGUUGAAAGAAUUCUACAAGGGUGAAAACCCUUCCGCACCCGUCCCCAAGGGAAAGAAUUUGAGAUGAACUUUAUUGCUCGUUAUAGUAUGUACUCACUUAUGUUUUUUCAAAAUUAAAUUUAAGAUAUGUAUGUAUAUGAUCGAUGUUUCUAUAUUAAAAUAAAACGAUGAC